GUCUCAAUAAAACCCUGUCUGCAUGUUUUUUAUCAAACAAAUUCAACCCUUUUUUGUAAAGAUCUUAACAAUUUUGUCUCUCUCUUUCAUUUAAGUCUCUGCGGUAUCUCUCACCGCAGGGUUAGGGUUUCUCUGCAACUGCUUCUCCAAUUCAUCUCCCUUCUUCUUUUUUUCUUUUUUCUCUCUCAACAAUUUUAUUGACUCAUUAGGAAGUUUACUGCACUAUGGAGCGCAGGACAAUUGACCUGGAUCAAGGAUGGGAUUUUAUGCUGGGGGGAAUCAAUAAGCUGAAGAGAAUUCUGGAAGGAGGAGAGGAGCAAUUUAGCUCUGAAGAAUACAUGAUGCUUUACACGACUAUAUACAAUAUGUGCACCCAGAAGCCUCCUCAUGAUUACUCUCAGCAGCUUUAUGAAAAGUACCGGGAGGCUUUUGAAGAAUAUAUUAAUUCAAUAGUACUGCCAUCAAUAAGGGAGAAGCAUGAUGAAUUUAUGCUUAGGGAGCUCGUCAAAAGAUGGUCUAACCAUAAAAUUAUGGUUAGGUGGCUGUCACGUUUCUUUCAUUAUUUGGAUCGCUACUUUAUUGCUCGGAGGUCGCUUCCUCCACUUAAUGAAGUUGGACUGGCUUGCUUCCGUGACCUGGUUUAUCAGGAAGUUUGUGUUAAAGCUAGAGAUGCUGUGGUGGUUCUGAUUGAUAAAGAGCGUGAGGGAGAGCAGAUUGACAGGGCUUUGUUGAAGAAUGUCCUAGAUAUAUUUGUUGAGAUUGGAAUGGGAGCAAUGGAGCGCUAUGAAGAAGAUUUUGAAGCAAACAUGCUUCAUGAUACUGGAUCUUACUAUUUUCGUAAGGCAUCAAACUGGAUAUUGGAGGAUUCUUGUCCAGACUAUAUGUUGAAGGCUGAGGAAUGCUUGAAGAAGGAGAGGGAUAGAGUUUCUCAUUACUUGCACUCAAACAGUGAGCCAAAGUUAGUGGAGAAAGUUCAACAUGAAUUGUUGGUAACAGUUGCAAACCAACUGCUUGAGAAGGAGCAUUCUGGAUGUCGUGCAUUGCUUAGAGAUGAUAAGGUGGAGGAUCUUUCAAGGAUGUAUAGGCUUUACCAUAAAAUAACCAAAGGUUUGGAACCUGUUGCAAGUGUUUUCAAGCAGCAUAUUACUGCUGAGGGGACGGUAUUGGUCCAGCAAGCUGAAGAUGCUGCAAGUAGUCAGAUUGCAAAUGGUGGUCUACAGGAACAGGUCCUUAUCAGAAAGAUAAUUGAGCUUCAUGACAAGUUUAUGACGUAUGUGAAUGACUGUUUUCAAAAUCACACGCUGUUUCAUAAGGCCAUGAAAGAGGCUUUUGAGAUAUUCUGUAAUAAAACAGUUGCUGGCAGUUCAAGUGCAGAACUACUUGCAACAUUCUGUGAUAAUAUCCUCAAGAAGGGUGGAAGUGAGAAAUUGAGCGACGAGGCCAUAGAAGAAACGCUAGAGAAGGUAGUGAGGCUGCUGGCGUAUAUUAGUGAUAAGGACCUUUUUGCUGAAUUCUACAGGAAGAAGCUUGCUCGUCGUCUUCUUUUUGACCGAAGUGCUAAUGAUGAUCAUGAAAGGAGUAUACUGACAAAAUUGAAGCAACAGUGUGGGGGACAGUUUACCUCAAAGAUGGAGGGGAUGGUCACGGAUUUGACAUUGGCAAGGGAAAAUCAGACUAGCUUUGAGAAAUAUCUUGCAAAUAACCCAAAUGCACAUCCUGGAAUUGAUUUAGCAGUCACUGUUCUUACAACUGGAUUUUGGCCAAGUUAUAAAUCCUCCGAUCUCAACCUUCCGGCAGAGAUGGUCAGGGGUGUGGAAGUUUUCAAGGAGUUCUAUGACCAAAAAAGCAAGCACCGAAAGCUUACAUGGAUCUACUCGUUGGGUUCUUGUCAUCUCAACGGCAAAUUUGAGCAAAAACCUAUUGAGCUGAUUGUGUCAACUUACCAGGCUGCUCUCCUGCUCCUGUUUAACACUUCAGAUAGACUGAGUUAUUCUGAGAUUAUGACUCAGUUAAACUUGACCCAUGAUGACUUGGUUAGAUUGCUGCAUUCUUUGUCUUGUGCCAAGUAUAAGAUCCUUCUCAAGGAACCGACUACAAAGAGCAUUUCCCAAACGGACUACUUUGAAUUCAACCACAAGUUCACUGACAGAAUGAGAAGAAUCAAGAUUCCUCUCCCUGUGGUAGAUGAAAGAAAGAAAGUUGUUGAAGAUGUUGAUAAAGACAGGAGAUAUGCAAUUGAUGCUGCAAUUGUGCGCAUAAUGAAGAGUAGGAAGGUCUUGGGCCAUCAACAAUUAGUCUCUGAGUGUGUUGAGCAGUUGAGUCGCAUGUUCAAGCCUGACAUUAAGGCAAUUAAGAAGCGAAUGGAGGAUUUGAUCACCCGAGAUUAUCUGGAGAGAGACAAGGAGAAUCCAAACACGUUCAGGUACUUGGCCUGAUUCAACUAGUAAGUGCUUUUUGAAGCGAUUCAAGUGGCAGUACAGUUUUGGGCUUUUGCUGUUGAAGUGCAAUGUUUUUGCUCAAAAUUAGAAGAGUAUACAGUGCAUUUGACUUUCCAAUUUGCGGAUUCUUGUAAAUGAUGUAGUUGAAGCGCCUUAAUUGGUGAUGCUAAAGUUCACAACAGUAUCAAAAAAAUUUUUUGAAGAUGUUUCGGGAAAAUUAAUAGAAAGUUAAUUAUCUAUUGGUUUCGAGAA